CGAGAGUCUUGUUCUCUAUCCACUCAUCCACUCGCUCAACACUUAACUCAGUCCCUCGUUCUUGACUAUAAAGGUCACAAGAUUGCUCCGGACAGAGAUCCAGAACAACCCACUCGCAUCUUCAGUGAAACCGUUCCCCAAGUGUCUUUUGAUCCAGUCAUUAUACACACCCAACACCACCACCAUUGCCCAAGAUGAGCGCCGCCGUCACACUUACCUCCUCCUUCCUGGAGUGCACGCCGCUUCCCACAACGACAGUCACUAAUACGGUGACUUCGACCUUCACAACCACGUACUGUGUCACCCUGCCUGCCGCUUGCCCGACCAGCGAAUGGAUAGCCACCUACACGCUCCUUGAGAUAUGCACCGGUGAAAGGGACCACUGGACCCCGCCCGCCAUCCCCCCCAACUUCGGCACCACCACUGUCUUCUGCGACGUCUGCCACGAGAAGACCCAGGUCAUCACCUGCCCCAACGCCGCCGCCCCCACGGGCCCCACCGUCAUCGGCGGCGACGGCAUCACCGUCACCGCCCCAGACCACCCCGGCUUCCCGCAGCCCACCCAGAACCCCGCUCCAGGCCCGCCCGGAAACUUCGUCCCGCCGCCACAGGAGACCGGCGCGGCAAACCCGGACAACGGAGGCGAUGAUUCGCCCGUCGUCACUGCUGGCUCGCCGCCGUCGCUCAAGAAGGGCCUCGCCCUCAUGGCUGGCCUCGCGCUCGCGGUGGGACAGUUCUUGGUCCUCUAGAUGGGAUGUUGUUUACGGGGUUGUCUUUUGUUUCUCUUGAUUAGUCGCUUUGUAGUUUGUACAGAGUCUGAUCACCAUUCAUGAGGAGGGGGCGAGAUGCUGUUUGUUCCAUUCAAGAUUGGAGGUGUUUUCUUUCCAUUCUUGGGGGGGUGGUUUUCGGGGGGCGGUAAUCACCGCUGGAGCUUCAGAUUGGAUUUCUCUUCGUAAUCAUAAUAAUAAUCGAGUGGUUCUAAAUCUCGAGUUUCCACAUCG